AUGUUCUGGCGUUUCGGCGGAUAUGCCAACAUCUCUCCCAUCGAUAGUAUUCUCGACAAAGAAAAUGUUAGCUUAGAAGAGUUAUUGGAUGAGAGCGAUCUCAUACAAGAACUCAAACAACACAACUCAAAGUUGAUCGAAUUUCUACGUGAAGACAAGAUCUUAGCAAGACUCCUGGAAUAUGUUGUGGCCCCUAAAUCGGAGACUGUCGCAUCAGCAGAGCCUGGAGCGGAAUCGAAAGAAUCAUCAAUUUCACCCAACUCGAAGGGCAAAUCUCGAUCAUUUUCAUUGUCUCGCCAGGCUGUUGAAGAUGAUGAUGAAGAAAAGGAAAAAAAACGCACCCGAUACGCCUACGUUGCAGCUGAGGUCUUGUCCUCGGACAACUGGUCAAUUUGCGAGGCUUUGGUGGAGAAUCAACCUAUGUUGCGCAAGUUUUGGGAAUUCUUGAAACUUCCUGCGCCUUUGGAUCCUUUACAAGCUGGUUAUUUUACAAAAGUCAAUGAGGCUCUUUUAGACAAAAAGACUGAGGAAAUGCUUGUUUUGUUGAAAUCAAUUGAUGGUACAGUCAAUAGUAUGCUUCAACAUGUGGAUUCUCCUAUGAUUAUGGAUCUUCUUUUAAAGAUAAUCAGUUUGGAGAAGGCAGAGGGAGGAGCAGGAAUUAUUGAUUGGCUACACUCGCAGGAUUUGAUGCCGAUCCUCCUUUCGUUCCUGUCCUCCGAACACAGCUGGGCAACACAAACUUCGGCGGGGGAUUUCCUAAAGGCAAUUAUCACUAUUUCGGCCAAUGCAUCGCAAAACGAGCAGUCAUGCAUAGGACCAAAUGAGCUUACUCGCCAGCUUGUCUCGCAGCAAUGUAUUGAAAAAUUGAUAUCCGAUAUGCUGAAGGGUGGAAAUCCGUUGACAGUUGGAGUUGGCAUUGUGAUCGAAGUCAUUCGAAAAAACAACUCAGAUUAUGAUCCAGAGGUUGGAGCUGAGGCAAAUGCAGUACCAUCCAGCCGAGAUCCUAUAUAUCUUGGAACCCUCCUGCGAAUGUUUGCCAAACAUGUCCCCGAUUUUAUGGACCUUAUUCUCAGUCCCAAUCAUACCGUUGGAGGAGGUGACGGACCAGUAACAAUACAAAGAAAACAGCUGAGUGCUGCUUUUGGCGGAAAAAUCGAGCCUCUUGGAUUUGACAGAUUCAAGACUUGCGAGCUUAUGGCCGAACUUUUGCACUGCAGCAACAUGGGUCUGCUGAACGAGGUUGGCAGCGAAGAGUUUGUCAAGGCGCGAGACGCAGAGAGAGAACAAUUAAAGGCUGAGGGCAAGUUAAACCCAUCGCCUACGACCUUAAUGUCCGAAGAUGACCUCACGAUGAAAUCCUCCACCCAAACACGACUAGGCUCUCCAGACGGUUCUAGGAAAUUGGAAGUUCAAAACGCCUCCGAUGAUGAUGGAUUUGAAGAAGUUACGCACGCAACAGCACUUGGUGAUGAUGCCAAGGACGAUUUUGAUGAGAAACAUGAAACUGAAGAAACUCUUCUUACUUCUAUACAACCACCUGUUUCCUUCCUCGACAAGGAUGACGAGGAGUUUGUUGAUGAACCUUUAAGCUCGCCAAGGCUACAGCCGCUUGCUGAUGAGCACACUUUGCAAGAACCAGACAUGGCUGUACUUCCUCUUUCACCAACCAAAGAACUUUCUCAACAAGUUGGCUCUUUGGGAUUUAAUGAUGAGGAUACGACGAUGACCUCUCCCCCUUCUUCUAUUGACAUCAGCGUCCUUGAUGAUACCGAAGAUUCUUCUGAUGGUUCCCCCAAACAUACUCCCGAUUCCUCAGAUGGUUCCAAUGAAGGCCAGAGUGUAGCUUUGGAACCACCCACUGUGUCAUCAGCACCCACAGAAGAGAUUCCUCAUGCUGCCGAAGUGAUUCCUCUUCCUGAAGAUACUCCAGCACCUUUGUUUUCAAAGAAAGCAGACUCGACGGAAGAUACUGCCGAUACAUCAGCUGCCGUCCCUGGUGAUGGUAACAUGAUUCUUGACAGCGUCGACACUACCAUGGGUGAUGCCGGUGACAGCAAUAAUUCUGUACUGAUGGGUAAUACGGAGGAACAUUCUCAAGACCCGACCAUGGAAGUUACCGAUGCUCCUGUGGUUGGUGAUUAUCUCAAAAUGCAAUUUGUUGAACAUCAGGUUGUACCGACCAUUUUAAAUUUCUUCUUUCGAUUUCCUUGGAAUAACUUUCUCCAUAAUGUCGUAUAUGACGUUGUACAACAAGUAUUCAACGGGCCUAUGGAUCGUGGUUACAAUCGAUCACUUGCGAUUGACCUCUUCGAGACGGGAGACAUCACAUUGAGAAUUGUUGAUGGACAAAAGAAGAGUGAUGAGGCACAAGAAAAGAACAAGAUGCGACUGGGUUAUAUGGGUCAUCUUACCCUUAUAGCCGAAGAGGUUGUGAAAUUUACCGAACGACAUCCCCCAGAGCUCUUAUCCGAAUCCGUCUUAGAGAGGGUCAUGAAUGGCGAUUGGAUCCCAUACGUGGAGGCCACUCUAGCAGAAACUCGAGAACGGGACAACGCCAUUCUCGGAGGGGUCAGACCAGAUAUGACAGUUGGUUCACGACAAGCAGUUAUGAAUGCAGUAAAUGCAGCCAAUAAUUUCGGAAAUGCAUCAUCCGCCCUGGCUGAUGCAGGCCUCAAUGGUUCAACAGGUCUUGAUAGCAUUGACCUUGUUAACAACAAUGUAAAUGGCAACAACUUUAUCACUGGAGGUACAUUAUUGAGCGGCUUCGGAAGUUCCAGUGACGAAGAAGACGAUGAAAUGGAUGAAGAUAACGACGAGGAAGGGAAAAAUAGUAGUGGUGGUGCAACGGCAGAAGUGGGUCAUUCUGUUCCUCUAUCCGCCCCCAAUCUUGAUAAAUUCGACGACCUAGACGUCGAUUAUGAAUAUCUAGAGCAACUCGAUCGCGAGUCACCUCUGUUUCCUCAAGAAAAGGACGAGGAUCUCGAUCAGGGUAGUUCUUAA